AUGACAUCCGUUCUUUUGACCCGUUUGGCCAGAUAUAACGUCUGGGCCCAUACACAGCUUCUUCAAGCCGUCAAAAAUGUCAGUGACGAACAUUACAAAGCUCACGCCGGACUUUUCUUUAGAUCAAUUCACGGAACACUUAAUCAUUUGUUACUGGCUGACAAAAUAUGGUAUGCUCGUUUGACAUCUGCAAUUGAUACACAUGAAUAUGCGUCGAACCGCGAGUUUUGGGUGAAAACCGAGGGCCAAGACCCACAUGAUUCGACCGGAUGCAUUUGGGAAGAGUAUAUUACGAAUCGGAAAGAGUUGGAGAAGAUGAUUAUUGAACAGGCCAAACUCUGGAUCCCUCUUGUUGCGUCUGAGCCCGAUGAUCUAACAUUAUCUUCCGCUGUGUUGGAACAUAGAAAAAUGGGCGGUACUCUAGUUAGACGAAGUAAAUUAGAGUGUCUUAUUCACAUAUUCAAUCAUGCCACUCAUCAUCGAGGACAGGUCACUGCUGCUAUUACUCGUUUUGGAUAUAAAUCUCCUGUAUUGGACUUGGCAGCUUGUCCUCCCGACUACGAUCCUGAUGAAGAAUCAUGA